UUUAUUGGUGUUUUCUUAAUUACAUAUUCUCAAAGGUUUUAAAAAAUACUUUAUAAAAUAUUCAAAUCAAUAGGAUAAGAAAAUAAGAAAGUUGUUGCUGAAAGUUUAAACUAAUUGAAAAUGCAUACAGUUUCCAAGUUCAAACCGCUUUUUUCUCAGCUGCUUUGCGAUGAUCUACGAAAGUAUUGUCGUACAAUUUUAAAUUUAAACCAUUUUUGGAGCUUUUUUGAGUGUACUUUUUUGUUGACACUAUAAUUUCCACAAAGGACAUGCUUAGCUUUCUAUAAUUAAUACAAAAUGUGAAUAAUAAUUACUAAAAUUCUAAUACAUCUUUCCUUCAUAACAAACCCAUGAUCAAUAUCUCAUACGCCCGCAACUAGCUUCCUGAAUGGCAAUAACCUAUUUACCCAGUUGCUAUCAUCCAGACUGGUUGCAAUCGGAUGGCACUCGGCAAUGAAUGAGGUCUUGAGCUGGAUUUCAGGACGGGUUUUUUUAUUACGAACCGAUCCCGAUCCCGCAGGCAACAUCGUCUAGCAACUGGCGACUUUGGCAGGGGCAACUUGUCCUCGAUCACCAAUGCCAUCACCACCGUCACCUGCCGUUGGAUAGUCUGCAAUGUUUUAGCAUCCCCGUCACAUGGAACUGCCGACUGAUACGACUGGUAUGGGAUGUUACUGUUUCCAGCCAACCUUUGCCGCAUGGUCUCCGCUAGCUGUUGCGAUGUCACUUUUGAUUGCAGCUUGUGUUCCAUUUCUUGUGCUUCACCACCAAGCGUGGGGUUUAUUUAGAAUCACUUAGCGGUUAGGCAAAGAGGGCCGGUAACACUAGCUCUAUCGAACCUGCUCGGAUGGCAGGCAUAAAUCUACUUUCAUUUCUGCGGCAGGUUUGGUACAUGGAUGCAGGGAUCUUUUUGGUGUAAGUUUUCGGUUGCAUUAGAAGCACAUGGAAUGGAACUGGUUGUGUUUUCAUUUUCAACUUGAUUCAUUUCCGCGGUGUGUUAAGCUGUUGUAAUAGUAAAAGUAUUAGAAAGAUAAAAAGUGGUUAGGAAUUAUUCGUUUCGUUUUCGUUGGUAUACUCUUUGGUUCUUUAUGUAACAUUAUUAACUUCGUUUUGUUAAUUUUUUGACUGCUCUUAAUGGUGUUCAUACCGCUGGACCAAUUUCAAAUCCCAUGCCGGAUCAUUCCCCAGUACACGUUACCGAUGGGUAAAUGAAGUCAUAAAUGGAAGAUUAAGAUUUCUUGAACAUUUUAAGCUGUCUCCACAUGAAUGACUGAUUGAGAUAUAAAAUUCUCUACACAUGUUACUUAAAUAUUGCAUUAAUAUAACACAUUCUUUAAUAAUGAGGACAAAUUUUCAUCUGAAAACUAUUUGCAACAUACCUAACAAGUUUCGUACAAUUUCUAUGUUGCUUGUCUUUUCCUUUCGAAAGAAAACAGAAUCGCUACAAGGUUUCGUUCGCGAAAGGCUUUCACUGAUGCUGCUUGUACCGGUUUACACCCGGGAAGUGAAGGUAUCACACUAUGGGAACUACGUACUUUUGGUGGAUUUUUGUAUGUUUGUUUUAGUAUAAUAAAUCUCCUUAUGGUAAACAGCCACAAGAUAUAUUUCUUUAUUAUGAUUCAAUUUUUAAUUAUUGGAAAAUAAUAUGACAAAUUAUCCCAUUUAAAAUAUAAAAUUAUCACAUAUAUUUCUGUUAAUCAGUGCUGUUUUAUACUGUAAGUAGUAUUAAACUUAACCACGAUCAAUCGAUCUACUAAAAGCUCAAAGCUCACUGCCAUUCACAUGCAAAGCGGUAAAGCUUGUUUUUAGGACGAGAUUGCAACGUUUUUCCCAUUGUGAGAGGCAUGAACGUUGUCGGUUGCUACGGUUGAUGCAUCUCGUGUUGCUUGGAUUGUUAUUUAGCGAUAGUUCGCUCGAUCGCACGGAAAACGCAGCGCGUGUUGUGGGUUUCUCGCGUUUCUUUCAGAAGUUUAGCUACUGCAAACCCGGGUACCGGGUAUGUAAAUAAUUUCGCCCUGCAAUUCUAUACAACAGUGUUGUGUCUUUUUUCCAUCUAAAAUGUGCAAUGGGUAAAAAUGAUUAAUUAUGGUGUAAAAGUAAUGCGCAAAGAAUUAGUUUUGAAAAUUUCUGUUCUGUUAAAAUAGAAAAAAAAACAACGCGUAAAGUGGAGAAGAAUUAUUAGUGGAAAUAUUUCUCUCUCAUCGAAGUGAUUGUGGACUGUGGAAAUAAAAAGGCAUUGAGAAAAAAAUGUGAAGAAAGUAAAUAAUUUGUAAUUGUAAUGUGUUUUUAUAUAUCAGCAAUCACUUGUGUGUGUUGGCCAAAAACUAGCAAAAUAAAAUAGUGAUCAGAUAUAAAGGAAAGGAGAAAUUGUGACAACAAAAAAAAAAACACACGCAAACAUAUAAACGUCCACCAUUUAACACGGUCAUCUUCGUAUGAAAAGUGGUUCAUAUGCUUCCGGCUAGAGAUAUCAACGAUACGACGAUUUUUGCACUCCGCCAAUCUGACCGAUCGACGAGGAAGUGACCUCAAAAGGUUCCGUGCGAUGUCGGCAGACGCUAGCAAACAAACGAACAAAAAAAGAAGCGUAACGAUAUUGGAGCGAAAAAUUGUGUCAAUCGAAAGUGUAUAGACUGGCCACCAUACGUAUAUACGCCGGUCGUUUCGAAUGUGAUAGCACCGAUGAAGAGCGAUCGUACACAGAAUAAAGAAGAGAGUGCAACGAGCGAACAAGAGAUGAACACCUUGAUGCAAUGUUGCCGGAAAAAUUUGAAGAAUGUUUGAUACAAUACACGUCGCAUUGAAUAAAGUUCAGGUUGUGCGCCAACACCAACACGGAAAAGAUCCAAAAGAGACUCGGUCGGUAAUUGGUUUCGGUUAGAUGAAUUUGUUUUUCAAUUGUUUUUAUUUUUUCGCUUUGAUGUUUGAAGUUACUGUUACUUAACGCAAAUAUUGAUUGAUAUAAUUGCAUUUAACGUAAAGAAUUGGUUGUGAUGCUAAGAAAAACAAAAACUGACAAAACAAUUAGUAUUCAUGUGAACCAAGCAUGAAGCGUUAUGGUUGAUUAAUUGAUGAAUUUAUCUAGCUGCUUUACAAACACACGCAAACUGCUCACAUGGUUGGUGCAUCGGUAGCAUCGGUAGCUAAAGAACGAUGGGUAACAUUAUGAGUAGCAGCGACUCGACGCUACCGAGACAACAGACAAGAAACGGUAGUGGACGGUACCGAACGACGACACCUCGCGAGCAUAUGGAUUAUACUAGCACCAAGCGAUGCUACUUUGAGGAUGAAGUUAGUAGUCAGCAAAAUAGUCCCGAACCUUGCCACAAUCGGCAACAGUCACCGAAUGCCGAAAGUUCCCGUAUGCUGUUCCUGCUGUACCUGAUUCAUCGGACGUGGAACGUAGUGGUGGAUAGUGUUGACCAGAAAGGGAAAAAAGCGCGCCUCGAACUUCCGGCGUCGGGAAAUUCAAGAGCCCCAAAGUGCCUAUACGAUGACGACUUUGAUAGCGAUCUCAACCUCACGGAUCUGGACGAUCAGUCGAGUAUGUACGGAUCGCAAUACACGUUCUGCACAUGCAGCUACUGUGAAGAAGAAUCGGAACGUGAUAACUAUAACAACAUAUCCGGAAAUCGAUUUUCGUUUUGUGAAAGUGACCUAUCGUACUGCCUGUACCAGAUGGCGCCCAGCGCUGGGAAAAGUCCUCCGGGUGGGACACAGAUUGGGCCACCGGAUACGAACGACGCAUCGUUGGGAUGGAAUGCAAAUGUCAAGCAGGAAAAUCAGCGACCGCCAGUAUUUAACCCAGAGGACUAUGUAAUUUCCCUCAAGAAGUAUGGCCGCCGAGGUUCGAAUGGAAACUUCAAAUCCAUCUACGACACCACCAUCAAUGAAGAUGCGGCAAAGCAGGACAAAUCGAACGAUAAUGUACGAUCGCAAACAUUACCUCACAAAAACUCGGACUACCGUUCCCCAAUACCGGCACCACCAGAAAUGGAUGCAGAAAUGUCUCUGCGUCAGUUCGGUUCCGUGACGGAUCUGCUCACUAAAUUGCGUGCCGAUCUUCGGGCAUCGUUUCCAAGCUUUGUACAGGAGUUUGUUUCGAGCCCUUUGGACGGGGUCAGUCUGCUGCUGGAAGUUUUACGAGCGGUUCAGCUCAGCCAAAGUGCGCCCAUGAACGGAACCACAACGAUGCCUCCCGGCGGUAUGGCACGGAAUAAUCAAUCAUAUCAACGGCGUGCUUUGCUGGACGAAUUGGCAUGCUUACAAUGUUUAAGCAUCUGCUGCACAAGAAGUCCAGAGGCUGGUACACGGUUGGGCACAACACCGAUCGGAUUGCUACCGUUGGCUGCCGCUGCCACUGGUACGGGGAUACGAUCGCGCAUAGUAGCCCUGCAGCUGCUUACCAUUGCCUGUGACAAAUCUGCCCUCGGUGAUGGAACGCAGCGCUUGCAACUGCACGGACAUACGGCCGUAUCCGAGGCACUAUCGACACUUCGCUUGCGUUGUGCCGAACCGGUGCGGUUUAGGCUGCUGGUUGGGAUGCUAAACAGUGGCGGUGGAUCCGGUGAGCUGCAAGCGAUCGGGAUGCGCUUUAUCAACACGUUUCUCGAAAGUUCGGAAAACAUACAGACACGAUUGUACCUGCAGGCGGAACUAUUUCAGGCGGGACUGGAUCCGUCACAGAUGUGUAAAACCAUCUCGUCGACCUCGCCAUGGCUGGAGCGGCUUCGCCUGGAGGUGAAACGCUGGGAUGCCAUACGGAUCGAUAUUGAGCAGCUGCAACAUCAGGCCCGUUCGGCCGAACAGGUACGCAGCCGGCUAGUGAUUCUGGAACGUCGAGUACAAAUACUGCACGAGGAAAAAACCGUCCUAACCACGAUGGAGAGACGGUUGCAGGAACGGUGUGCGGAACUGCAGCGGGAAGUACUGCGCCUGAAAGGUACCGGCAGUAACAAUAGCACUGGUUCGAAAGCGCACGAAAGUUCGAACUCUUCCAGUCUGGAAAAGAGACCGGUGGCAUUGCCGCGUCAGGUACCGCCACAGACCAAACGCAACAACACGUCGGAGAACGAUGAUGAAGGUAUAAGCAGCUCGGAAACUGGACAAUCCUCAACCCCGGAACCGCCACGUCUAUAUCCCGCGAAGAACGGUGGCUCUAGUGCGGGUUCGCAUAAGUUUAGCAUAUCGCUUACCCAGGAAAGUACCGUCCCAAUGCACGAGCUGAACGGCAAUGGGGAAGAUGAUACCAACGCAACGAUCGAGGAUGUGAUCGAGGAGCUGCAAAAUAUUGUCAACGAUGCGGAGCGCGAAAUUUCUGACCAGAAUGAGAUUCUAUUCCAACAGGUAGAUGGAAUUCCUGAGCAGGCAUUGUACAGUUUAGAAAUUUCGAACGAGCAUGAAAUUGUGCCGGUAAACCUCUUGCCUCAACCGCCCCGCAAAUCUCGAUCCUUGGCCCAUUUGAUCUCGAACCCAUCGGAUGGUGAAGGUUCGGGAUACGAUUUGAUGAUGGUUAACAACGAAACGAAGGUGGAUUUUUUCGACGACGAUGAGGAUGCGGGUGUCGGUAAGGCAAAGCAUCCCUUCGGCGAAGAGAAUGGUACGGGCAGGUACUUCGACAUAGCCGCUACCGCUGCAUCGAUGGAAGUGCCUCAGGAAUCACAUGCGAACGUUAUCCCGGGACCGGAUGUCAUCCACUCAACAGCGGAAGCAGUCACCACGUCGGUGACGGCCUUGCAUCACUCCCGCAGUCGACAUCCGUCGACGAAAGAUUCGAACCGAGCCAUACUGAACGUCAUAAUGGACGCGCGCGAUAAGGAAUCCCGUCUGCUCAGGGCGCAGUCGCUAGAGCGUGAGCAACAUAUCUCGCAGGCUGCCACACCACAGCAGUUUAACGGUGUGUUCUUCAUGACCGACAUGAACAGUGCCGGCAAAUAUCCGAAGCCGGACAUCACCGCCGCACUGGAAGCAAAAAAGGUGACCAAGAACUUGGAUCGAAUGGGUGCGUACGGGGUGGAUUCGAUGAUAGACAUCGUAAUGACGAACGAGCAGCGAUUAAAUAAAGCGAAUGCGUACGCUAAAUCACGCAUGGCUGCCGCGGCGGGACCACCAAACCCAGCCAAUGGAGCGAUCCCGAGCAAACUGACCGGAAACAACAAUUUCAAGCUGCGACCGAACACCGGUACCGUUCAUCAGCCGACCUUCACGAUUGGUACCGGAAUGGUGCGUGAAGCAAGCCGCAGCCAAACGAACAUCGGUGGCUCCAAAGUAACAGACUUGCCGUCUGGAUUGUAUUAGAAAGGAUUACUGAUCGGCCAUGAUAAAGCUCUUGUCGGCGCCGUGUAAGAAUCGUGUUCGAUUAUGCUCAAUGAUUUAUUUUUUUUGUUCGUUUUAAUAGACACUGUCGUGCAAUAUACUAUUUAUUCUUUUAAAACCCCGUUUUAUUUUCCCCCCGCAUUAGUGAUAGCCACUGCAAAAGAAAAUUACUUUUGAUUUACAUAUAAGAAUGGAUCGUUACUAGUAGGUAUGCAAUCGUUUUGUUCUUGAAUGGAGUAAUGAAGAACUUGCUGACAAUUGUUUCAAUUGCCGACAAUUUAUGGACAAUUUCACUUUCAUCAGCGGUGGUUCUUUUUUAAGACCAUUGCGCUAUUUUCUUUAUAUUAAGGAUUUUGGGGUAUGCGAAAGAAAUACAAGAACUCGUUUUGUUAUACAGAAAAUGAUAGUAUAAGUACUUUUUUUACUGUUUUCUCGGAACAAGAUUGCUAAGCGCUGUAACUGAUAUGUUUUCAAUAAAAGCUUAUAAAAUCUUAA